AUGAACAGACUGAGAUGGGUCGGAGAGGGAGACAUAUGGGAGCUCGAUAUGUCUACUCCGGUGACACUCGAGGGCACCGCACGAGCUGUUUCCGACGACCCUCUUCCUCUGGGUCUCUCCAGAGGCACUCAUCUCUCUCGCCCUAAGCAGGCUGAGUUCUUCCACCGCUUCAUGGCCACACCCCUCAUCCCUUCCUUCUCCUCUCUCCGUCACACCUCCGGCGUUGAAGGCGAUGCAGUCGGCGGUGGAUUAUCUCUUCAACGAGUCCUCACUUUGCCUUUCUCCAACAACUGGUACUUACACCGAAUUUUCAAAAAUUCCCUUCCGUUUUCCAGAUACUUUCGCAUAAAUGGUCGAUAA